AUGGCUCCUUCGUCUUCUUUGCGUGUAUUGAUAGUCGGAAACAAUCCCAAUGUGUUGUUAUACACUUCAAGGUUUCAAUUGGCCAAGAGCGUGGACUUGUAUCACGUUAGUGACUCCAAAUCCUCGUCAUUUGAAGUGGAAACAAUUGCGUAUGGUAAGAGCGUAUUUCAAUUGGCGAAUCAUUUUACAUCAGUUCCUCAUUUAAUUGAGGCAAUGAAUGGAUCAAGUGAGCAUCCUAGUCCAAUAUUUGAUCUAAUAAUUUUAAGUGCAUCAUCGUUGCAAGAGACAUCGACUUUGGCGUCACAACUGAAUCCAACGAUUAAUAUCAACACCAAGGUUUUCCUUGAGAGUAGUGGAUUCGUUCAAUUAGAACCAUUUGUAAAGAUGUCUAUGGAUCUGCCAAAUCUCAACAUAUUCAGUAUUAUGAUAGACAUGGAUUUUCGUCAAGUUGGCAACAAUGAAUACAAAGAAUUUUCUACUAAUAAGAAGGGGUUAGGCAAAGGUACAAUUUAUCUGGGUGAAAGCAGCUUGCCCAAAGUGAAGCAAGCUCAACAGAAUCAACAACAGGCCAGUUCAAAGUCUCAGUCGACUACUUCGUCGUCUUCCAUAAAUCAGCAACCACUCAAAUAUUCAAAGAAUGUUAUUUCACUCCUUGAUACUUUUCAAAGAUUAUUCAAGAAGCUCUUUCCUGAAGACAAUGUUAGCCUCUGUAAUCAUUCCAGCUUAGAAUUUGUUUCGCAACAGUGGGCUCUUGCAACUCCUAGAAUUUGUUUUGAUCCCUUGCUGAUAUUACUUGAGGAAACCCGUCCCUCAGAAUUACAAAAGCAAAUACUGGCCAAACCGUUAAUAUCUGGCCUGGUAACCGAAAUUAUUACUGUUUUGAAAAGUAUGGGCUCAAAAUUAAACGGCAAUUUAGAGAACGAAAGCAGCUUAUUGAGUCACUGGGAAAGGAUGUAUCCGGAUCCGAACGACUGUCCAUCUUUAGUUUACCAUUUCAUUCAUAAAACGGCCCCGUUGAAUAUUGACAUGUUGUUGUUACAGCCUAUCUUAUUAGCAGAUGAUUACGGCAUCAAGACACCUUAUUUGGAGUUUUUAUACUCUUUGAUGUGUCAAUACGAAAAACUAAACAAUGGAAAAUCUAAAUGGUUCAUGAGAACUAAAGACGAUCAAGAUUUUCAGAAAAAGAUUAGUUAUUUAUCGGAGGACAAGAACCGCUUGCAAAACCAGUUGACGUCCCUAGAAAAAACUUUGCAAGAUAAUGACGGUUUAGUCAGUCAAUUACAGAGUAAUGAACAAGCAUCCCUAGAACAAAUCAACGUUUUACAAAGUCAGGUCGUAUCACUAAGACAGGAGCUUAAUGUCAUUCAGAAGACACAUGAGACUCAGGUUGAGCAAUUAAAAUCACAAGAAUUUCAAAGGGCUGAUAUAUCCAAUGGAAACUCGCGUAAAGUUACGCAUCAAAAAGAACACUCUUUAGAGGAUAGUCCAAGUCAUGCCUCUACGGGCACCCCUAACUUGAAAGAUAUUGCUGAUUUCGCUGUUAUUGGGGUAAAUUACGGGGAGGCUUCUCAAAAACAGCAUCUGCAGCAGCCAAAUGCCCCACUAACGUUUGGUUCAUCACAAAGUAGCUUCAAUGGUAGUGGUAGCGCUAGCGGUAGCUAUAGCGGAGGCCCUGAGUCAGACAGUUGGCUGAAGGAACGUGAACUUGAAAUUCGCAAAAAAGAACUAGAUCUACAGGAGAGAGAGCUGGAAUUUGAGAGGAAACUAGCACAACAUCCAAAACAGCAACAACCGCAGCAACAACCGCAACCACAACAGCCUUCUUCAAGGUAUAAUAAAGGCAAGACAAAUGGCUAUUCUGCAACUUCUCCAACAUUGUCUUCAAGGAAGCCCUCUUUUCCGCAGUUGCAGCAGCCUUCGCUAAAUGGACGUAGCAAUCCUAAGACCAUUCAUGGGGCUAUACCCGGCCAGACAACAUCAGCGACCAACUUUGUGGAUCCACUUGGACCUCCAAUGCCUUUGAAAAACAAUUCAGGAUACCAAAAUCAGCCUCAGCAUUUUCAUCAGAAUGGAUCACAUUCAAUCAAACCUACAAGUAGGAAGAAUAGAAAUAGCAACAUGCCAUUGAUUGGAAAUGCUUCUAGUCUCGGUCUGAAUAAUUACGGCAGACCACCUAAAGGUGGCCAAAAACCUCGUCUGAACUCCUUAUCUACGGGAAACUUGAAUAUGCAAGGCCGCACCAGACAAUCAAGUGGAUUCGCGGUAAACACUUUGGGGAAUAACUCCAAUUCUAGAGUAAACAUGCCUAAUAAUGUUAAGUCUGCGUAUGGUGAUGCAAAUAUGUCAGCGCAUGAUGAUCAAUCCCAAGCUCAGAGGCAGUUUAGCUCUAGUACAACCAUACUUGAUGCUAAUGGAAUGAACCCCAAUAUGUCAACCAAUUCUGUGGUGCAUAAUCCAAUGUCAAGCAAUUACCAGGCUCCUUUCAUGGAAGAGCAGACUGGUCAGGUACAGCCGCAAGCACUAAAAGCAGAUUUUCCGGAGGCGGAUAGCUAUCUAAACUUUGCACAAUCUCCGGGAUUGCAAGGUCCACAGUCAAAUCCACCAGAAAUAACUAUUAGUGGUCCUCAAGCAACACCUCCUAUGAGUACAAUUAGCGAUACUCAAUCGAUAGUUACCAAUGAUGCUGAAGAUACAAACGAUUCAAAAGAUACCACAAGGGGAAACAAAAAGGACAAAAAAAAGAAAUUUGGUCUAUUCGGCAAAAAGAAGAAAUCAAAGAAGUGA